GCUGUUUCCAGGCAGUGUGCAGUCCUUCUGAACAACGUGAUGAAGUGCUGUGUCCUAAUGUUAGUCCUCGCCUUCGUUUCUACUGUGAAGGCUGGGGAAACGGAGGUAGAGGAAGAGACAAAGCAAGAUGCCGAAGAAGCCUUUUCAGAUGAGAUUACUGAAGACCAGGACGUUUUAGUGCUGAACAAGCACAACUUCCAGAGAGCACUAAAAGAGAACAAAUAUCUCCUGGUGGAAUUUUAUGCCCCUUGGUGUGGACACUGUAAAAGUUUGGCACCAGAAUAUGCCAGUGCUGCGGGACAGCUGAAGAAUGAAUCUUCUGAAUUUAAACUUGCCAAGGUUGACGUCAUCGAAGAGAAGGAACUUGGUUCAGAAUUUGGAAUCAAUAGCUAUCCAACAUUAAAGUUUUUUAAGGAGAGUGACAGAAAAGCUCCCAUUGAUUACACUGGGAAAAGAGAUGCCAAAGGCAUUAUCAGCUGGCUAAAAAGAAGAACUGGUCCUAGUUAUACAUUCCUGGACAGUAUAGCUGAAGUUGAAAAGUACAUUGGCUCAGCUGAGGUUGUCAUUGUUGGCUUUUUCAAGGACCUUGAAAAUGAUGAUGUGAAAACAUUUACAGAGACAGCAAAUGAUAUGGUCGAAAUACCAUUUGCUAUCACCAAUGAUGCAGAGGCUUUGGAAAAAUACGGCAUAUCAAAGAAUACCAUAACAUUGUUCAAAAAGUUUGAUGAUCGACGAGCUGAUUUUGAAAUUGAAGCUGAAACUGGUUUGACCAAGGAGAAUCUGAAUAAAUUUAUCAGAGUUAAUGAAAUGCACCUUGUAACUGAAUUCACCAAAGAGAAUAACGCUAAAAUAUUUGAUGCUAAAAUUGACAACCACAUCCUGUUGUUCAUCAACAAAACAAUUACGGAGCAUAACCAACUCCUGAAGAACUUUAGAGAUGCUGCAGCUUCCUUCAGAGGCAAGAUCCUUUUUGUUUCUAUUGAAAUGAAUGGUGACAUUGAACAUGUGCUGGGGUACUUCUCUGUGAAGAAAGACGAUGCACCAACAAUACGAUUAAUUAACAUCAACAGUAUUAAGAAAUACAAGUUUCCAUUUGAUGAAAUUACCACAGAAAAUGUGAAAGCCUUCUGUCAGGAUAGUCUUGAUGGAAAACUUGAGCCUUACCUAAAGAGUGAAGACAUUCCAGAGGACUGGGACAAAAAUCCUGUGAAAGUUCUGGUUGGAAAGAACUUUGAAAAAGUUGCUUUUGAUGAGACUAAGAACGUGCUUGUUGAGUUCUAUGCUCCCUGGUGUGGCCAUUGUAAAGAAUUGGCUCCUAUCUGGGACCAACUGGGUGAGAAGUACAAGGAUCAUGAAAAUGUUUUAAUUGCUAAAAUGGAUGCCACUGUUAAUGAGGUUGAAUCUGUUAAAGUGCAAGGAUUUCCGACGAUAAAAUAUUUCCCUGCUGGAUCAGGAAGAAAGAUGAUUGACUAUGAAGGAGCAAGGGAUCUGGAAACAUUUUCAAAAUUUUUGGACAAUGGUGGCAAAUUACCUCAAGAAGAUGAAACAGAUAAUAAUGAUGAACUGGAUAUUGAUGAUAUUCUUAAUGGGAAGACCAACAAAACAACAGUGCACCAUAAAACAGGCGAGGAUGCUACCGGUGACGCUAAGAAGGAUGAAUUGUAGUUUCUGUCCUUCAAGAUUCAAUUGUAUACCUUGAUACGUAGCUAGGUGCAAAACUGUAUCAUGGCCUUGAUAAUACCAAAGGUUUCACCAAGAUCGAUCAUUUCAAGUUGGGAAACUAUUAUUCUAAUAAAUUGGUUGUUCAUAGCACAAUACAUUGUAACAUAACAAAAGAAUUGGAAAAAAGGAUUUUUUUUACCAUUAACAUGAAGUAAAGUCUUUUCUAAGUAAUAAACAAUUUACUCUCUAAGACCGUA